CAUCCGAACACAUAUAUAACCAUAGACUCACCUCCCAAACUUAAGCAUAUCAGCAAAUCAUUCAACCAUUCAAAACAACUUACUCAACACUCAAUCCAAUUGCCAUUUACAAUUCGCCACCAUGUCUAUCGCAGAGAUGAACGCCAAAUACUUCGACACGAUAUCCGACUCCUACGACGAAAAACCCUGGUUCGCCGUAGUCAACCGCCAGGUCGCAGAUGAAUUCCGCUCGAACCUGGACUGGAUCGGCAUCCCCCUCGCCAACACCGGCUCCUCCCCCGCAUCAGAAGUGCGCUUCCUGGACUACGCAUGCGGCACGGGGCUCAUGACCCGCACGCUCGGCCCCUACGUGACAAAGACACUCGGCAUCGACGUCUCCCCCAACAUGGUUGCAUCCUACAAGUCGCGCGCCGCCAGCGCCGGCCUGCCCCCCUCGACCGUCGACGCGGUUGUCGGCAACCUCUUCGACAAGGAGGACUUGCAGCCUGCUCACCUCGCGGGCGAGGAGUGGUGGGGCUUCGACCUCGCAGCCGUCGGCUUCGGGUUCCACCACUUCGAGGACGUGGUGCACGCCGCGCGGCAGCUGAAGGAGCGGCUGCGGCCCGGGGGUGUGCUGGUGAUUAACGAUUUCCUCGAGGGCGCGGAUAUGCGUGCGGGUCCAAACGGGGAGAAGAUUGAGGGGAGCGAGGGGAAUCAUGCUGUGCACCACCAUGGUCAUGGGAAGCAUGCACAUGGUGAGCAUGCCCAUGGACACGGAAAGCAUGAGCAUUCUCAUGAUCACGCGCACCACGAGGGUAAAGGCGCGGAGUUCCCGGAUUGGUCGGCGGAGCAGCGCAAGGAGAUGAAUGACUCCAUUGUUGUUCCGCACUUCUCGAUCGCCGGCGUGAAGCAGUUUUUUACUGAAGCAGGAUUUGUAGACGUCGACGUCAUCACGAUGAAGGAGCAAUCGUACAUGGAGUUUGGCGGAAAGAAGCUGUGGCGCACGGUCUUGAUCGCGAAGGGCAGGAGGCCAGAGGUGGAGAGCAAGAGCGAAUUGUGAGGAGGGUUUGCACGUGUGGACUGAGGUGAAACUGAGGGUUGAUAUAGAGUA